AUGCAUUUUCCAGAAAGUCACACAGGAAAAAACAUAAGUGAGUAUUUACAUAAAGGUUUAGUAAGUUUUGAAAUUCCACACUCAAAAAUUCAUAUUGUUUUACAAAAUAAUGCGGCCAAUAUGGUAGCUGGUGUAAGAGACAGUGGUUUUAGAUCAAUGCCAUGUUUUAUACAUACAAUACAGUUAUGUAUACAUGACUCAAUUCUGUCACAAAAAUCUGUUAAGGAUAUUUUAGCUUGUUGCAGACGUCUGGCAACUCAUUCUCACCAUUCCCCAACAGCAGCAGCAAAAUUAGAAGCAAUUCAGGAACAACUUGGUACAAACAAACACAGUUUAAUCCAAGAUAUUACUACAAGAUGGAACAGUUCUUAUGAUAUGAUUGAAAGGAUGCUUGAUCAAAAAGUUCCUUUGGCAACUUAUACAGCAGAUUAUCCUACCCAAUCAACACUAAAUUCAUUUCAAUGGGACUUAUUAGAUAAAGUGUUGCAUAUUUUAGAACCAUUUAAAACUUUAACCAUUAAUUUCAGUAAACGUGAAUCAUAUUUGUCAGAUGUUAUUCCAUCAAUUAUGGCUCUGAAAGAAUUUUUCAAUCAAGCAUUAGAUAAUAAGGAUAAAAUAAAAAAUUGGAUAAAUGAACAGAUGCAAGAAAUGCAACAAAGUAAUUUAGAACUUGAAUCUUCUGAUUCUGAUUUUGACGAACCUUCAGUACAUAACACAAAUGAAAAAGUUUCUAAACUGAUAACUAUAGAUGAAUGUGAUUCCAAUUUUGUAAAUACUGAAAAUAGCAAAAGGUUAAAAAGAUUAAAUUCUAAUAUACAAAUGAUAAGCAAGGAGAUUGAAGAGUAUUUAAAGCUUCCUCUUGUCAAGGAAAAAGAAACACCACCAUCUUCUGUUGAAAGUGAAAGACCUUUUAGUACAGGUGGCAUCAUUUACGAUCAAUAUUACGAACCAAUAGAAACAGACUAUCACCAGAAAGUGGCGAAAAAUUAA